CCCUCGUCACGGCAGUGCUUCCCUCUUUGUCGGUCUGAGCUCGUCUACGCUUUUCUCCCGACACACGGAUACAAAGAGAGGGACAGGACACAGAGUAAACAGCAUGAAGUAAAGACCGAGCAUUCGGAGAGAGUGGCGGCGGCAGCAGAGGGGCUCUGACCGGACUUCGUUACGGUCCAAGUCCUAACAUAGAUACUACCAGGCCUUUAUUCCCGGACUGGACACCGAUGUACGCACUUGAUUUUACCCAGCAGAGAGUCUCGAGACCAGGGGAAACGGGCGGAGUUUAUCGUGCAGGACUGUUGGGGCGUAGCAGAGGAUCAUGGAUAAAACUUUGCACAUUCUUCAGAAAGCCACAGAUGGUGUACCAACCGGCAUCUCCCUAGAUAUGAUGGACGAAGGGGAGGGUUUCACGGAACAGCAGAUUGUGGGGAUCCCAGACAAAAUACCUCUGGUGAAACCAUAUUUCAAGAAGAAGCAGAGGAAAUUAGACACCAAAUGUCUCCACCGUGCUCUGGAGGAUCCUAUACUGACCACUUUACUAAGCACAGACACUCUGGUGUCUGAGUAUGGGGUUUUUGUUCCCCGGAACCAGCCGAGUCGGACUCCAGUAAACUUGUGUGCAGCAGCUGUGGUGAAGCAGAACCGCAUAGGUCAGGUGUGUCUAAAAGACUCGGGAGCUGCUGACAAUGCCACAGCUGCUGCUGGAGUACCAGGGUUGAUGGCCCGGGACAGUGAUGUAGAAAUAGCUGAUACUACUGCAGAGCUAGAGGAGACUGAGCGAGGGGAGCGACCCAAGAUCACCGACUCGACCCCUGACAGCCGUUGCUUUCAGCUGAAACCUGCCCUCCGGGCGGCUGGGAAGACAAUAAAGCCCCCAGGCAGGGAUAUACCUCCUAUUGUUGCACCCCAGGCUCCUCACCAGGAGGGGCCCAUCAAAAGAAAUGACCUCUUAACCUCCGGGGCUAAAAACCUUGCAGUCAAAGAGUGCACUGGAGACCAGGACUCCCUUCCCCUCCUCCUCCAGCCUGACAAAGGAGUGCUAUUUCAGGAUAAAAGUGAAGAGGCCUCCCUGGACCUGGUUUUUGAGCUGCUCACUCAGCUCCAGUAUCACACACACCAAUCUGACUUGGUGGACAUUUGUGUGGAUUUCCUACAAGGACAGUGUGUUUAUGGCAAUGACUGUGCCCACCACCACACUGUCUUACCCUACCACUGGCAGAUCCACAGGACCAGUAGUCAGACGUGGCAAAGUGUAGCAGAUGACUCCCAAGAACAGCUGGAGAGACUUUACUGCAACCCUGACAAUGACCAAGUCAGGCUCAAGUUUCAGGGUAGAGUGUUUUCUCUCGACUUUGGCGUGAUGCGAGUGUGUGAUCUGGAGUUUGACCGAGUCAGACGACUGACCACUCCCUCCAGUCCUAUGCCCACGUCCACAACAAACCCAAAUCCCACCCCCAGCUGUCACACGGUGUGGAAGUACUACUGCAGAGAUAACUUUGGCUGGAGGGAAUAUUCUGAGCCGGUGGUGAAGCUCAUCGAGGAGGCGAGUUUGCGGGGUCUUAAGGAGGUGCGAUUUAUUACACUCCAGAACCAGUAUAUCCUCAAUAUCAAGGAGGGCUUCCAGCAGAAUGCCAUCUUCGGGUUCAGACGUCAGAUCAAGAAGCGGCCGAUGUUCAUGUCCUCUGUAAUGCUGACACCUCACCUACAGACACUGGGUGGCCUCUCUCCAUCUCCCCUCCCAUGUUCUCCCUCCUCUUUGUCCUCCUCAACAAUGGAUCUAACAGUGUCACAUCCCCUCUCGCCGACCAUCACCAACCCACCAAGCCUUUUUCCAGAAACGUGGUUGCCGAUGAUGUCGAACCAGGACUUCCUGCAGGUGCCAGUUUCACGUGAAGACCGCAGCUAUCGCACAGUGUACAGCCUUUUCCACAAGACCGUGUCGGAAACCAAGUUCAGGAUCCUCAAGAUCCUGCGUGUGCAGAACCCAUUCCUCUGGGAGAAGUAUAAGAGAAAGAAGGAGUACAUGUCCCGGCGUAUGUCAGAGAUGGACCGGCUGCUGUGCGAGCGCCACCUCUUCCACGGCACCUCGACAGACGUGGUGGAGGGGAUCUGCAAGCACAACUUUGACCCGCGAGUCUGCGGCAAACAUGCGACGAUGUUUGGUCAGGGCUCCUACUUUGCCCGCAAGGCUGUCUACUCUCACAACUUCUCCAAGCGCUCGUCCAAAGGUGUCCACUGCAUGUUCCUGGCCAAAGUCCUCACUGGCAGGUUUACGGUAGGAAAUCCCUCCAUGCGACGGCCUCCACCAAUCAACCCGCGCGACGCCUCCAGUGACCUUUAUGACUCCUGUGUGGACAACUGGAUGGACCCUCAGAUUUAUGUCAUCUUCAACGACGACCAGAGUUACCCUUACUUUAUCAUCCACUAUGAGGAGGUACCCAGCACUGUAGCCGUCUAACCCCUGGAUCAGACCUGGAUCUGUGUGUAUUUGCAAAUAACUGUUCAUAGUUUGCUUUAGUCUGUUAAGGUUUUAAAUCGGCGGAGUUUGCCGCUUAAGAGGAAAAGGAUCAUUACAGUGCUUAAAUUUAGUGUACUGUUGCUUCAACCAAUUCUAUUUGAAUCAUCUUUUUAGCCCUAAUCGUGUCCCUGCUGCUGCAGAUGAAACAAAAGCUAUGACAUAUUUGCAAAUAUCCAGUGGCCCUGGUCUGUAGCCAACUUGAUCCAACUAGACUAGACUGCAGUCAGACACAAGGAGACAAAACUGGACAAGCAAAGGACGGCACCUGUUUUAUCCAGCGUUAAGAAGUAGAUGAGAAAUCAUAACAGCUGAAACACUUGGGAGCGUAUUUUAAUACCACACGUCAUUGUCUGCUUCAGACAGAAGCCUUGUGAUUGUCAUCCGACAAAAGAGGAUUGAAGCUAUCUUAUUACUUUGGAGCUGAUGCAGGCAAAAAACAAAAAACAAAGCUAGUCCUCUCAGCAUUUUUGACUUAGUUGUAUGACUGUACAUGAACUCCACCAUCAGGACAGGAGCCGUGAUAGACGGUUAGAAUCUCGCCAGGACCGUGAACGAGCAGCUGGCUGUUAAUAUUAUUUUGAGGAAGCAGAAACCGGUCAGUGGCUUUUCAUAGAAACACCAAUGCAACACUGACCCCCCCACCCCA